AUGGGUCGUUGUGAUCUCACACUGGACCCAAACACAGCACACAGAAACCUCUCUCUGUCUGAGGGGAACAGAAGGGUGGAGAGGGUUAAAGAGGAGCAGCCGUAUCCUGAUCAGCCAGAGAGAUUUGAUUUGGUUCCCCAUGUGCUGUGUAGAGAGGGUCUGACUGGGCGCUGUUACUGGGAGGUCGAGUGGAGCGGGCUGGCUGACAUAGGAGUGACAUAUAAAGGCAACAGCAGAAAAGGAGACGGUUCUUUCUGUGACUUUGGAUACAAUAACAAGUCCUGGCGUCUGGCCUGCCGUGGGAAUCAUUACAUUGCUCUCCACAAUAAUGAAUAUACUACUAUACCUGCACCACACCUCAUCAACCCUCCUCAACCCCAGGGAGACCUGUCCUCCUCCACUCCACACCUCAUCAACCCUCCUCAACCCCAGGGAGACCUGUCAUCCUCCCCUCCACACCUCAUCAACCCUCCUCAACCCCAGGGAGACCUGUCCUCCUCCCCUCCACACCUCAUCAACCCUCCUCAACCCCAGGGAGACCUGUCCUCCUCCCCUCCACACCUCAUCAACCCUCCUCAACCCCAGGGAGACCUGUCCUCCUCCACUCCACACCUCAUCAACCCUCCUCAACCCCAGGGAGACCUGUCCUCCUCCCCUCCACACCUCAUCAACCCUCCUCAACCCCAGGGAGACCUGUCCUCCUCCCCUCCACACCUCAUCAACCCUCCUCAACCCCAGGGAGACCUGUCCUCCUCCCCUCCACACCUCAUCAACCCUCCUCAACCCCAGGGAGACCUGUCCUCCUCCACUCCACGCCUCAUCAACCCUCCUCAACCCCAGGGAGACCUGUCCUCCUCCCCUCCACACCUCAUCAACCCUCCUCAACCCCAGGGAGACCUGUCCUCCUCCCCUCCACACCUCAUCAACCCUCCUCAACCCCAGGGAGACCUGUCCUCCUCCCCUCCACACCUCAUCAACCCUCCUCAACCCCAGGGAGACCUGUCCUCCUCCACUCCACGCCUCAUCAACCCUCCUCAACCCCAGGGAGACCUGUCCUCCUCCCCUCCACACCUCAUCAACCCUCCUCAACCCCAGGGAGACCUGUCCUCCUCCCCUCCACACCUCAUCAACCCUCCUCAACCCCAGGGAGACCUGUCCUCCUCCCCUCCACACCUCAUCAACCCUCCUCAACCCCAGGGAGACCUGUCCUCCUCCACUCCACGCCUCAUCAACCCUCCUCAACCCCAGGGAGACCUGUCCUCCUCCCCUCCACACCUCAUCAACCCUCCUCAACCCCAGGGAGACCUGUCCUCCUCCCCUCCACACCUCAUCAACCCUCCUCAACCCCAGGGAGACCUGUCCUCCUCCACUCCACGCCCCAGAGUAGGAGUGUUUCUGGACUGGCCGACCGGCACUCUGUCGUUCUACAAGGUCUACUGUGGCUUGAUGACCCACCUGUACACAUUCCAGACCAUAUUCACAGAGCCCCUCUAUCCCACUUUUGGGCUUCAGCAUCCUCACACCUCUGUGUCCCUCGGGUUUGCCAGCAAUCCUGUAUCAUCUGAGACGGUUCCCAAUCACUUUGAACCUGAAAUCUAUAGUCAUGAGGGCAAGGGAGCAUACCGGUUCCAGUGCCCCAGUGCAGGUCUGUUCCAGUGCAGUAUAACAGGCCUGGUGUUCAGGAUGGAGGGAGAGGGAGAGGUGCUCUAUAGGACAGUCCACUGGGACAGAAAGCUUCUAUCCCAGAGUGGCAAGAGGCCUGCAGGACCCCUGUUCAACAUCGACUGCCCCCAGAAGGCUGUCUGUCAACUACACCUCCCACACUGUCAGAUUCAUUCUGGUGGUGGAUGUGACUUCCUGUCUGUAGCCCAUGUGACUGAGGAUGACAUCAUUGAGUUUCUCCCUCCCCAUGAGAUAACAGACACACAUGUCAUAAUAAGCAUCACUGGAUUCUCUGCUUAUGGUGAUGUCACAGAUGAGGAUGCUCCCAUCUCCCCCAUACUUGCACAUGUGUUGUUAUUCUACCAACCACUUGGCAAGAGGUCCAUCCUGAAUGUGUUGUUGCUUCCCAGUAAUGUUGUGAGAAAAGAGGUGCGGGAGUUGAUUGAAAGGGAUGGAAUAAGAGAAAUUCUAACAACUUCUCUGUGUACACUUACCCCAAAGCAAGAAUACACCCUCUCCACUAACCCUGCAGAUGCACAUCCAAUACAACCAAACCCAGCAAAAUUUGUGGAUUCCUAUGAAAACUACGUCCCCACAUUUCAGUUGUUUAUUAAACCUGUUGUUGAAGAAGUGAAUCUUCUUCUGGAAGAAAAUAAAGCUGAUAAACUUGUAUGGAACGGACUUAUCUGGCUUCCAGUUACACCACCAGGUGGCGCUACAGCAGGGACAACGAAGGUUCAUUUUCUGCUGAUUAACAUUCUGAAAGAGCUGGGCCAAAGCGACCUGAAGACAUUUCAGUGGUACCUGACUAAGGGUGUGGAUGAAUUUCCUUCCAUCUCAGUGGGCCUCCUGGAGGGUGCUGAUAACCUGGUCACAGUGGAUAGGAUGGUAAGCUUCCAUGAUGAGGGAGCUGUGAAGAUCACACUGAAGAUCCUGAGGGAGAUGGGCCUGAACAGCCUGGCUGAGGAGUUAAAAAAACAAAGGAAGUUGAAAAAACAGGUCUGAAUGCCAUAAUCUAUCUGCAAUAUUAAAGCUGAUUUUUGUAUGUUUAUGGGGCAGUGUUUAGUCUAGGUGUAUGUAUGUCUA